UCUCAUUUGCAUAUUCAUUUAUUUGUGCUCGCCAUUUUGGUAGCACUAAGAUAGGGGCUAAAGCCAAUUUUUAAUCUGAGAAUAUCGUAGCCAUCGGUGUAUAUUUAUUUAAUUUUCCACUCUCAUUUUGUUGGGAAAUUUUUUACCCACGAGAACGGGCCUGCAUCUUUGCGGUUCGUUCAGAGGGUCUAUGACAAAACCUUCAAUGUUUGAGCUUCGGCAAAAUGUCCACUAUUUCGGGGAUUGGCAGUAAAGGGGAGAAGAAUAAAAGUAAAUUUAAGAGUAUAGACAUCAACACUCUGUAUAAAGGAAAAAGUGUCGAGACUCAGAAGUCAACUGUUCCUCGGCAACAUGGACUUCAAAGCUUGGGCAAAGUGUCCAGCUUGCGGCGCAUGCCGCCUCCGGCAAACUUACCCAGCCUAAAGAGUGAGAACAGCGGGAACGAUCCCAGCAUUAGCCUUGUCCCUAGUGGGGGUUCGGGAUGGGUGUCGAAGGAAGAGAAGAAGGAGGGCAGUGGAGGUGGAGCUCAGCCGCCAUCGUCGCAGCUGCAGCAGGCCACGCCUACGCAGCAACAACAGGUGCCACCACACCAAGCAGCUACCAAGACCAACAUCCCUGCUGGGGGGCCAAGCAGUACGGGUGUACGGUCAUGGAGCAAUGUCACAGGGGGCAUUCAACAAGGGGGAUUAGUAAGUCAUCAGUCACCAUUAUUUCAAGAGGAAUUUCCAAGUUUAGCACAAGAAGAAAAGAACAAAGAAACAACUGUACCUACCAAAAAGGAAGAGGAUAUCAAGGAUACUCAAUAUGGACCAGGGCCAAGCUUGCGACCACAGAAUGUUGCAAGCUGGCGAGAGGGUGGCGGGCGUGCAGUGCCACAACAAAAAAUAGAAGAACCCACACAGAGUACUACCAACUCAAACCAGAUCGAAACACAGUCCAAUGGCCUCCAGAUGUCCGGUGGAAGUGGGGCUGGGGUUGGGGCUGAUUUACCAUCUCUGCAGGUACCACCCCGCCCCAGCUCAGGUCAUGGACCACCAAUGGGUCCCAUGCCAAUGGGUCCCCCAAUGGGAAUUCCCCCACCACAGUACAGAGGCAUGAUGCCUGCCUAUAUGUUUGGAAGGAUGCCUCCUGGAACCUAUCCACCAAACUAUCCCAGCUUUAGACCACCAUACUCUCAUGAUGCCAGAUUCAGAGGCCCACCUCCCUCUAUGUCUCAUCAGAGACACUUAGGGGAUGGUGAGGAGGGUCAGAAACGACCUGCCAUUGUGUCUGAUAAGCAACUUAAAGAUUUUGAGGAUUUAUUAAAGUCUGAUCCUACUGAUGGGGGAUGGGCAGGUCCUCAAGGAGAGAUAGACUAUAGUGAAAAGUUGGUUUUUAGCGAUGAAGAUGAUGAGCCCCAAAGCCCAAGGGACAGAGCUCUGAGAGAUGAAAGACGACGACUAAGAAAGGAAAAUGAAGAGCAUCAGAAAGAAAGUGAAUCUGAUAAAGAAAGAAAAGAUGAUAAAGAGAAGAAUGACCAAGGCUCACAAAUGGUUAGAGAAGCAUGGCCACCUCAUCGAGCCCCACCUCCACAUUAUCGGGGUGGACCUAGGCCACCUCAUCCAGGCAUGGAUGCUAGAAAUUGGCCACCUCACAUGCUGCCCUAUGAGAUGUUGGGUCCACGAGGUGCUCCACCUUAUUUUAGAAUGGCGCCACCUCCUCAAAUGCGACCAUUUGGUCCACCUCCACCUCCUGUAUCUAGCCCUGGGGCAAUGCCUAGCAGAAAACCUGGAGAGAAUGAUGAUGAUGAAUUAUGGCGACUGCGUCGGCGAGCCAAUGAAGGUGAAAUCAACAUUGCUGUAGAGAGAGCUAGAAUCAGAAGAGUUGAAGAUGAAAAGAAAAAAGAAAGUGAGCAGAGGGCUGCAGCUGCUGAAAAACUCCGACAGUUGGAAGCACGGGCCAAAAAAAAGGAGGAAAGCAAGGAAGGUGACAAUGAAGGAGGAGAUAGUAGAACUACUAGUGAGUCUAGUGAUAAAGAGCCAAGGGAAUCUAGAUACAGAGAUAGACCUACAAAUCUUACACCACCUGCCCAGAGUGAUCAGGGAUCUAACACAAAAACUUAUUUAAGAAAUGUACCACCAAGAUUUCAAAAACAGCAGGAAACUUCACAAGGACGUCAACAGCCUCCUAGUCCUGUUAGUGGUGUAACAGGAGGACACCCAGCAGUUCCCCCCAUUCCUCAAGUAUUUAGACCUGGGCAGGGACCACCACCACAUUGGGGCUAUGAUCCUAGAGCCUGGGGAGCCAUGCCUCCACAUUUUUUGGAUCCAAGAUAUGGACCACCUCGGCCACCUCUUGACAUGCAAGGCAUGCCUAUGUAUGGACCACCAAUGUCAAGGCGGCGUAAUGAUAGUCAUGGUUCUGGAAAUGAAAAUCAAGAAAGUGAAACUGGUCAUGGUGAUCAGUUUGAUAGGCCAGAUCACAGAGCCAGUUCUUGGAUUGAUGGUAGAUAUCCACCUAAUCCACAUCCUGGUCAUUUUGAUGAUCCGCGUCGCCAUUAUUAUGAUCAGAGAGUUUAUCCAUUUGAUUAUGAAAGAAGGGACUAUGAGCGUCCUGGCAGAGAAGAAGAAAACCACCCCAGUGAAGGAGACACUGCUCCCAAAGAGCUUGAGCAAAGACCAACAGUAUUACAAAGAGAUUCCUUUGAUGAACGUAAAAUAAUGGAUAAGGAAGAUCACAAGCCAGAACGCAGCAUCAAUAAAGCUGAAUGGGAUUUAAAUAGAUCUUACUCCAAAGAGUCAAAUAAAGAUGAUCCUUUGGAUAAUUACGAUGAUGAUGAUGAUGAAUUUGAUACUAAACUUGAUAAACAAGUAGAAGAAAGAGAAGAGCCUCAAGAGCCAUACAGCAGAGGUUACAGACAAUCGAGGCCUACUCCCAAGUUUAGAGCCUACUCAUCUGAGGAGGUAAAGCAGCGAGAAGCAGCACAAAAACAUGAUGCACCCCCACCUAUUCCAUCAGAGCAAAAUAAACAAUCAAGUCAGGCUAAGAACAAUUUGACAUCCUUAAAGCGUAGUGCUUCUAAUAUGUCAAGCAGUUCUGCUGCUUCUUCUGACAAGGACAGAGAGAGGAAAAGUGAUUCACCCAAAGAAUGUUUAGUUUUUGAACGAUCUCAAGGACUCAAAAGAGAAAACAACAAGGAGCAAUCUAAGGAAAUUAAACAAUCUGUCAAAGAAACCACCAAAGCACCUGAACAACCACCUCCUCGUCCUAAUGCAUGGGAAAUUAAAGAACAGGACAGAAAAGCCAAAGAGCCAGAUAAACCAGAGGAGAAUUCUUAUGCCAAAGAUGAUGAAGAUGAAAAACCUUUUGAGGAGCGAGUGGAUAGUCCGUUUAGUAACAGGCCCCCUUUAAAAAAGAAACGAGAGGAUGAUCAAGAUAGAAGAGACAGGCAUGUUGAUGAUAGAGACAGAAGAGACAGAGAUCAUGACAGAUACAAUGAUAAAACAGAUCGACCUCGAAGCACUCCAGGCAGAGGUGGAAGAGAGUUUGUUAGAGGAAGAGGUGGUUCUAGAGGGCGUGGACGAAACUCUGUGCGUGGAAGUUAUAAUCCACGUGGAAGGGGUAAAGAUUAUUAUUCUGGAAGUUAUGACAGAAUUGGUGGACCAAACAGACGCAUGGAUCAAAACAGGCCAAUCAAGUCUUUUCAUAAAUCUGAUGACAGUGAAGGAAAUGAAAGGGAAGAUUAUAAUAAACCACAAAGACGCAGGCAUGGGCCUGCUGAUGAUUUAAGUGAUGUAUCUGCUGAUGAGGGCAGUGCUUUCAAUGACAGCAUCAGUCAUGAUAGGCAAGAUAAGGAGGAUGAAAGACGUGAAUUGAAGGACACCAGUCAGCAAACUACUAGAGCUGCAGAUGACAAUCGACCACAAGCUAGAAGGGGCUCGGAGGAUAAUAGAAUUAGGGGUUCUGAUGAUAUACGCAUACAUGGACAAAGAGGAAACGAGGAUGUCAAAUCUCGAGGGAAAGAUGAUGUUCGUCAAGGGCAGAGAGAUGACAGAGCAAAUGAUGAAACAAGGUCUCAAGUGCAGAGAAAUACAGAAGAAAAUCGUCAGCUUGUCCAAAGGGGACCUGAACCAAAUCGUGAGAAUAAACAAAACAGAGACAUCCGUGAUGCGAAGAAUCCAUGGAAUAAUGAAAACAAGGCACCUCAAGGUGUUCAACCACCUAUUGCUAAUGUAUGGAAUAAUAAAAAUUCACCACUUCUCCCUGAUCCACCUAAAACAGAAUGGCCUUCUGACUUAAGUUCAAAAGAUCAAAAAGAUGAUAAAGCUGUCAAAACUGAUGUUUGGCAACGACGAGACUCAAGAGAAAUAGGCCAAGAAAAAUUAACCGGAACUUUACAAAACUCUGUUCAGGUUGAUGGGCGUGAAAAACGUCAUGACGGUAAUAAUCGCAGAGAAGAUAACCGUAGGCGACAAGAUACUAGAGAUGGCGGUCGUCGUAAUGAUAGAGAUCGGCAACGUGGUGAUGAUCCUGGACGAAAUGAAGGUCCUGAUGGAGAGCAUAAAGAUAAAAGAGAUAGAGAUAAAGACAGAUACAGAGAAAAAAGAGAGUAUUCAGACCUGCGACAAGAUGAUAUAAAUGGUCAAUUCAUUCCUAGAGGAGAGCCAUCUAGAAGAGGAAGGGGUGGUUCCCGUGGUAAUCGUGGUGGCGGUCGCUACACUUCUGCAUCUGGUCGUGGCGGCAAUGGUCAAGGUUAUAACAGAGGUGCUAAUGGUGAUCAAAACAUGAAUGGUCCAAGUGGUCGUUAUGGAGGCAGGUCUCAAAACAUGGAGAGAAGUGGUGGUGGUGGUGGUGGCAGCAGAGACAUUGGCCUUGAAGGUGGUGGUUACAGAGAAGGAAGAAAGGAUAAUAGAAAUCCUCCGCCACCAAGAUUCCGAAGAGGAGGUGCUUUGACAUCUGAAGGAAGGGGUAGGGGAUCAGAUAGAGGUAGUGGAGGACGUCCCAGGUCCUCUAGAGGUAGAGGCCCUAAUGUAGCAGCUAGUUCUGUGACUAAAAAGCCUGUGUUGACCAAACAGGCAUCAAAUGAAGGAGAAGAAUGGGAGACAGCAUCAGAAAGCAGUGAGCCAAAAAACGAUUCGCGAGAGUCCCGGGAAAAGAAAGAGAACUCUUUGAAAAAGAGCCUCUCUAAUCCGCGGCCGUUCAGCGACCGGCCUAAUAACCGGCGCAUGAACAACCAGGACUCUCGCAACAGUGUAGAGCGCCGCAAUUCUUCAAAUAAAGACAACAAACAGAACCAAAAAAACGGAGCUGCGCCGCCGACAAAAUCGGCGGCGAAUGGGACUACCCCUAAAAGUAAACCAUCAGUUGUAAGCACAGUCAAUCACAAAGAAAAUGUUGUGUACAGGAUGGAUGGAGUAACUCCAGCUGACCCAACAGCUAUUAACAAUGCUAUCAAUAAUAUGCAGAUGAAAAAACAAGUGGGUAAAAAAACUGAAUAUAAUGAGGUCUCUAAAUCAAUGAAAGCAGAAAAAGAUAGGAAGGAUGCUCUAGCAAAUAUUGAUAUAAACAAUAUAGCAGGUGUUGUUGUGGUUGAUGACCUUCAAGCAGUUACUAUAGAAGAUCCUGAUUUUUUACUAGAAAAUGAAGGCUUUCAAGAAGUGACUUCCAAGAGAACACUGAAAAAUAAACAAAAAUUAGAAGCUGAACAAAAAAAGACCGAAAAAGAAGCUUUGAAAAAACGUGAACAUCAAAAUAAAGUUGUUGCUCGCCCUAAAGGAUUAAGUCCAAAGACUGGUAGGACAAGUAUUAAAGGCAGUAAACUUCCACCUCGCUUAGCUAAGCAAAAGGAGCAGAGAGAAAAAGAAAAGGAGAAAACCAAAAAUGUUAUGCCUAAAAUUGAACUAUGGGAUAAUGAGCUGGCUAACAAUAUUCCAUCUUUAAUGGCAGGCUUAGAUUUAACUGCAGCUGGACUAAACAAUAAUACAGCUGUGGCAACUUCUUCUAGCAGCACAACUGUUGAUGAUACUACAGACUUACAAGGCACUUUGAUUGUGAACAGUAAGACAAGCAUAGCCAAUAUGAUUGUACCAUUGUCUAUGACCCCUGCACCAGCACCUCCGAUUAGUGCCUGGUCCAAGCCAAUAAAUUUUGCUGCUUCUGUGGGGCCAGUUGGUUCUCAAUCUCAGCAAGUAGCCCUCACUUCCAUCUCUGUUCAGCAUGUUAGUGCAGUGGACGUGAAAGGGGACAGAGGGGAUCAGCAUGACAGCGGGAUAGAUGUAAGUGACCAGCCCAACUCAGCAGCCUCAUCCACUCGGAGUUCUCCCAGUGCUGAUAACAAGCUCAUCACUUCCACUACCAUCCCACACUCUUCAAGUGUGGACCCCUCCACAGUCCCAGUGCUCAAGAAAAGUGAUGCUCUACCUAUUGAUGUUCUGCAAAGUAUUGAAUUACCAAAGUCUCAAUGUCCUCCUAAGACUAGUAAAAGUGAAAAAACUGUUGUGAAGGCUGAAGCAAGUGUGAAAAUGGUUAAAAAAAUUGAAAUGACAAGUAAAGAAAUGACUAGUACAAAACCAGAACCAAUACAGAUGCCUCCUAGUUUCAAGGACUCUGUUUUUGGAAAGGGUGAUGAAUCCAAUCUUCAAUUGGACUUUCACUAUGAUGAAAAUCUGGCUAACCCACUGGUGACAAUACCAGAACAGCCAAUUGUGGCUGAAAAAAAUGAGCCUGCUAUUCAUAAAGACAAAAUGAAUCUCUCUGCACCUGUUACCAAUUCACCUACAAUGGUGUCACCUACAUCACCUGCUACUGAGGAUCUUAGUUCAAAAAUAGCCUCUGUUAAAAAUUUCUGGGAUCCUCCAGUAUUCGAACACAAGACAAGUCUGGCUACAAGUAGUUCUGCAGUUAGCAGUGAUAACAUUCAAUCAAAUAUGUCAGGCAGCAACACUAAUGCAAACAAUGUUAGUGGGACUUCCACAUCCAGCUCAGUGUUUACAAAUUUUAGUCAUGAUGUUGGGAACAAUGUUGUUAGUGUGAGUGUUGGGGGAAUCAAUGAGUCACAGCUAGAAGAAACACCAAAAAGUGGUUCUAGUUCAGUGGUAUCUGUUCCUCCUGCACCUAGACUUUCACCAGUUAUUCAGCACCUUCAUCCUCAAGAAACUGUGAUGAUGACAGAUGUAGAUAUGACUCAGUCUGGAAUAAUGCUUACACAUGAUAAUAAAAGCAUGUCUAUUGAACCUACAAAUGUUUGCAAAGUGCGUCCUCAACAGCUACAAAUGGGCCUUGGCAAUGAUGCUUUAUCAAUGUCUGUUCUAUCGUCUGGACUCACUGGAGCAAUACCUACUGUUGCCAGUCCUCCAAUGAUGCUCACGGGCCAUGGAUACCCUACUUUUCAAUUAGGAUCUCAGUAUGUGACUCAAGAUCGAUACCACCAAGCUAGUUAUGGCUAUAGCUUAUCUCAAGCUCAGCCACCAGCUUCUAUUGGACCACAGCCCCAAGCUCCUGGCCAAUUAGCAGCACAGCAGACUUACAAUCAGGCCAGUUUAUUUGUUCCUACAACACCCACUCAACAGGAGUAUUUGUCAGCUUCUCAGCUGGGUUUUACACAGCGCACUCAUGGAUUUGGCCAAGCAGCUGCAGGUACAGCUCCUCCUCCUCCUGCACAACAAAGCACUAUUAUGGUAUCAUCUUCUACAUCUGCUUUGAUGUCAACAAAUAUCAAGGCGCCAACAGCAUCACAUGCUCCGGCACCUUCAUCAGUUUUUAGCACUGAUUUUCAAUUUGCUGAGCCUAUGUGUAAAGCUAUUGGACAAAAUCAAAUUUCUUAUGGUGGUGGAAUAACUGGUUCAUCUUUAAGUGGGACUCCAUCACAACAGCUGUACUAUUAUGACCCUAAUCCUCAACUUGGGCAGUUGUUUCAGCCGAGUCAGAAUUUAAGUAACUCACUAAUUGGAUCACAACUUGUACAGACAAGGACACAAGUGCAGCCAACCUCUUCUUUCUUUCAACAAGCUCCAACUGCUAGUUUUUAUCCUACACAGCAACCAAGUUCAGCUAUUCAGGUUGGGGCUCCCAUUCAACAACCAUCAGCUGCACAUCAGUUUUCAAUGCAAGCUUUUGGUAAUCAGCCUCAUGGGUUGGGAUUAGCAAUACAGCCUGCUUCAUUGGAUCAAGGCCCUGCUGGCCCUACAGCAUUGAAUAUUCAAACCUUAGGUCACAGUAUGGCCCAACCACAAUCCCAACAGCAUCAAUUAACUGGCUCCAAAGGGUCAAUAUUUGGUAGCAUGGUUAGUCAACAAGCACACCUGUCUCAGCCUUCUCAGCAUAUUACCCAUACUCAACCAGCCCAACAACAUAUUGUGUCACGAGCAACUCAGAUGAAAUCUCCGCCUCAUAGCAGUCAACUGAGUAAUACGUACAUGAGUAAUGUGGUACCCACUUACACUCAAGGACAAAUUUUAUCCAACAAACAGUUUGGAUCAAAUGCCACUGGCCUUUCUCACCUAAACAGUCACCAUACUAAUGUCAACAUUAACAGUCAUGCCAACAACAAUAUGAUCAUGGCUACAGGCUCUCAAAGCUUGAACAGCUCUGCUCAUGGUCUGAGUGGUAAGAGCUCUAGCUCUAACAGUUCUGCUCACACCACCAUGGAAUUAGCGAAUAACAAUGGUCCACGCAUUGGCACCCAGACUCUAGCUAUGGCUGGACCACCUCCUCCACCACCACCUCCUCCUCAGUCUACAACUUCCACUGGUAGAAGUUCAACAUCAUCUAGGUAUUUAAAUCCUAAUGCUCCAAAUUUUCCACCAGUAAAAUAUGGAGGCGCUAGUAAUAGUUCAUCACAAACAUUUGUUCCAGCUCAACAGACUCCACCAAGUCAACCAACAAAUCAACCACCUUCAUCAGGCAAUAACCAAGUAAGACCUCAAAUGAUUAUGGGAAACCCAAUUCGUUCUAAUGCUCCUCAAGUCCCUGGAAAUACUAGAGCUUUCUUUCCUAAUCCUAUACAAAGACCUGGAGGACCAGGAAUGCCUCAAGGAAUACAACAAUUCCCCCCUGCCAAUGCUAACAAUAGUGGACCAUCUAAAAGUGGAAAUAGUAAUCAAGUUAACAAUGCAGGAGGUCCUAAUCCUCUAAACCUAAAUGCUAUGAAUUUGGGAAACAAUGCUUUGUUAAGCAGCAUUAUCAGUGUUGCAAAGUCUGUGAUUAAUCAACAAAUAAAUAUGCAAGCUGCAUCUAACGCUGGUGCUCCUAACCCUUUUGCUAUGAAAGGUCCUACUAGUGUGCCAGGCUCCUCUUACAUGGGAGGAUCAAAUAGAGAUGCAUCAGCUAGAAACCAUGCCAAUACUGGAAAGGCUCAAGGCCCUCAAGGAAUGAAUCAGAAACCACCUAACUCUAAUUCUUCUUCAGUGUCUACCAAAGCCCCUGGUUCUUACCCUGAUAGCCUUAAGGCACAACAGGCAAAACAGCGGCAAGAAGUUCUUAACCAUGCUGCCAAUUUCCUCAACAGUAAAGCUGCUACAAAUAAAGAAUCUAGUAAAGCUGUCACCAGUACUACCAGUACACCUCCCACUACAAGUAAAAGUGAAGAUAAAAAACCAGCUCUUGCCAUGGUGUCAAACCCUAGUCUUGUAGGAACAAGUGUGAAAAUCAAUUUACCUGCAAGCAGCAAUACAAGGGCUCCAGCUUUGUCAUCGACUACUACCAGCACGGAAUCUACUCAAACAGUUACAACUACCGUUUCUUCCAGCAGUAAUGCAAAAAACACAGCAUCUGCUGUUUCCAACAACUCCACAGGUGAUGCUAAGUCAUCCAACUAAAAUACAACUGUUUGGAUUCAACAGAAAAGCAGAAGUAUUAUAAGGGUUGACAUUUUGAAAAUCAUUUUUCACGCACACACAAAAAAAAGAAUCAAAGUUUUUACAUAUCACAUAAAAGAUGAAAUUUUUCAAAUAGAAAAUGUAGACUCAAAAAAAACAAUUUAAGCUAUUGAUGUGCAACAUAAAGUGGAACUAGAUAUUCUGGCUUAAUUUACAUGGGCAAUAUACUUUGAAAAGUUGAACUAGACAAUUUAUUAGUCCUAGAUUAUAAACAUGCAAAGUGGUCUGCUUUAGUUUCUAAAGAGAACUGGACUAUGAUCUGCUAAUACAAGGUGAACUAAACAUUCUCACACAUUGAUGGAGAUAGUGUAACUCCAUGAAGAUUGGGCCUUGAGAAAAGUGAACUCAGUUCGGCAUAGUCUGUGAUUUUGUUCAGCAUAGUCUGUGAUUUCACUGUAUUGAACAAGUACAGGCUGCAUUGCUUGGAUUAGAAAUUAACCUGUGAAGCAAUAUAUUAGUUUUGGGCCAGUGUUAUCAUUUAAGUCAUCUCAUUUAUGAUUUAAUUAGUUUUGACCUGGUAACAAACUUGCUUUCUUUGAAAUUUGGGCCUAAGUUAUGUUAUAAAAUAGCAUAUUUUGUCUUAUUUUCUGAGACUUCUAAAUGUAUAUUGUGAGACUUAAACUACUUCAAAUAAAUUAACUGCUUAUUGCUAAAGAUGAAGUUUUUUUAAAAAUAGAAAUAUAUCUUAUACAUUUAUUUUAAAUAUAUAUGGAUAUAUACACAUAUGUCUACUUUGAUAGAUUGGGUAUCUUGUUGUUAAUUUUAAAAAAAUAAUUUUAGCAAUUUUCUAGUUUCUAAUGGGCAACUAUUACAAGCAUCAUUGUGCUUUGUAUGUAUUGAAAUGUUAGCUGCUGAACUGAGUUUGAAUGUAAAGACUAUGUAAGAAUGUAGCAAGUGUAUUGGCAAUAGACCAAGCGUUCAAUCAUAAAAGACAAAUAUAAUAGACUUAAAAUGGUGUGAACAGUUCAAAUUUUCUGUCCACCAAGUGACUCAAUUUACCAUUUAUAUUUGAGACAAACCUCACCAAUGUUGUGGCAAAUCUUGUGCCAAUUGAUAAACAUAACACAUUUCAACAGAAAUUCCUCUUGCAAUUUUGCGAGCAAUGUUGACUCGCUGAUUUAUUCUGGUCAAGAUAUUCCCCCAUAUCUUGCUACCAGUUGAUCAAGCUUGAAGCCCACCCUUGAUUCCCCCAUUAAGUGUGGUGGCUGUAAGGCCUGUAGAGAAAGUGUGGCAUUGGUCCCUGUGUCCCCCCCACAUACCAUUGCCACACUCCUCUUUGCCUUCCUAGUUUUUUUUUUUUUUUUUACUUAUUUAUUUACUUUUUUGUACUUGUGUAUGUUUGUGGGUAAGUGUGUGUGUAGAUUACAGCCUGCUGUACUUGAUGCUCUAUCAAUUGAGAACAGUCUGUAGUAAUAACAACAGUCAGAUGUUUGUUUAAGACGAAGGUCUGGGGUUGAGAGAAAACAUUUUUUUUCUUCCACUUUUUUUUCCAGUGAUAUUUUACUUACUUUUUAUAAUUGGGGUUUCUCAAACCAAAAACUGUUGAGUUACUCAAGUCUGUUCUGUGUUGAUACACAGUGCUGUCUGUAGGAUUAUUUUAUGCCAUGUACUUUCACAUUCUGAUGUGUGUGAAGCAAUUUUUUUUUACUCUCUACAAUAAAACUUAGUGAAAACACUUUUCUCUCAUC